GCCGUGACGUAGUUCGUUUGAGCUGCAAUUCUUAAAACAUCUCACGACGGAGGUAACCGAGUCUGUCCACCUCUUCUACUUCUUCCUGCUGUACCUAGUAAUACUCAUAAUUUCUUUUUAUUUCCUUCUGUAAUCCGAACCUCUUCCAAUUUCCAAAUAAUUAUCUACCUACCUAACUUACCUGCCAAGAUCACGCCUUUAUUCCGCCAAGUCGCCAAGUAGUGAUAGUACAUCAGCCAUUCAACUUCGCUCCAUCCGCGCGUCCCCCUGACGCUCCGCCACAUCUCCAAGCCAACCCUUUUGUUCGCCCAAGGCUCGGCGCCAACAAAUACAACAGCCGACGUUCCGAGCGCUCGCUCUAUUAUUUGUACCACGCAAAAAGAUCUCUCGACCCCGAAACCUUCCAUCUUCAUACACAUACACGCUUCCGCCCUCGGUGCUCACCUUAUCAAGUCGAUUCAUCAGAACGAUCGAUCAUACAUACAUACAUACGGAUCGAGGCGCAAAUAUCUAGAUCUAUCUAUACGAUCUGAUCCGAUCCGAGCUUCACCUUGAAGAGUCCCACCUCACCACUCAACACCGCAUUCCAUCAUCAUCAUCCAUCAUGGCCGAACACAAACCCGAUUACCCCCCGGCCUACGGGCCCCCUCCGCAAGCACCCCAAGCCGCAUACCAGCAAGAACCCUACGGCGCUCCCCAGCAGCCCUACUACCAGCAGCAGCCGGGCAUGAACUACGGCCAACCACCCCCCCAGGGCGGCUACCCGGCCGGCCCGUACCCCCCUCAGCAGCAGGGAUACUACCCGCAGCCGGGCUACGCGCCUCAGGGCCAAUACCAGAACCAGCCGCAGCAGAGCAGCUCCAAAGACGGUUGCCUGGGCGCGCUACUCGGUGCGCUCGCCUGCUGUUGCUGUCUGGAUUGUCUGUUUUAAGGGAGCGGAGGGAUGUGCAGUAAAGUAAAGGUGUUUCCGAGUUUUACGUUUUUGUCUUGGGCAGGUCGAGAUGCUGUUAAGGGAAAAGGGGGCUAAAUGAUUACCAAGGUAGUCGAUGGAGGGAAACGAGGACCUGAUGAGAACUGAAGGGGAGGUAAUACUACUAUCUAGCGGUUCGAGCGUACCACCUCGCCGCAUCCACCUGACCGAACAACGGGCCAGGAGGGGGGAGGGGAUGAUACGAUACGCAUCAGAAGGGAGCAUGGCGUUUUUGGUCCUACGGAAUUGGUUCUUUUGUAAUUAUACAGCGUUAUACUCCUUGUGAGCAGUCCACGACGGUGAUCGCGUCAAGUCAAUUCCAUAUAUUCGCUACUGCUACA